AUGGAAGGCUCUACCGAGUUGCCUCCUCUGUCUCCUCCGCAAUUGCCCCUUUCUAAACAUGGACGGUCGUUGACGCCCAAAGGCCCCAAAGGUCAUCGCUUCACCAAUCUCGGCGAUGCACAUCUGGCUAUCACAUCGAGACUGGCGUCGCGCUCUGCCGGUCGCAGCAUCUCAAGCACAAAAUCGCCCGCCUCGUCCAGCUCAUCCGUCAACGUCCUUACUCGGACGACAAACUCGGUUGACUCGGCGCCGCCAGCCCAGCCUAUGGAGUUCGCCUACGCCGACCGCUCCGUCAACGGACGAUGUCUGACCCUUAGCUACACGCUUGGCCGCUCCACCACCAAGCUUGACCAUGUGCCUCGCGAGCCGCCAUUUCAAGAGUCUGACGAGAUCGUACAAGCCCUAUCUACCGGCAUUGGCUGCAACCAGGAUUCUUCUACCGGCAAUAGCCCCUUUGAUGAUUCUCCGGACAAUCGAGAGCCUCGAGAAACCGGAAGCACAGUGGAAAACAUCUACAAACAAUACCUUCCCUCUACGCUCCUCGAGUCCUCUCCCUCAACCGGUCGCGGUAUAUCCUCAAAUGACCAGGACCUUCAGUACCCGCUGAGUCCUUCUGCCAGUGCGCAUGGUGAUGGCAUCGAUGUCAAUUAUAGACUCGAGGAUAUGAAGAGCCAGGAACUGCCCCGAGUCACACAAAAAUCCGAUGGGCAUACGCUUAACAAGGCCCGAUGGGACAUGUACUUUUCGCCAGGAGAUGCCCCUGAAGUUCCAUUGCCUGACCUUCCUCAUAUCGAUGACGACCCCCAAACAUCGACGGGUGGCCUCGGCAACGGCUGUGUUUAUUACGACUCCAUUACACAAUCCCCCAAGUCCCUUUCAGACUCGCAAGAUUUACUCAGCGGGGUUCCAAAAGAAGCAAAAAUCGCCGGAUCCAGCCCUUCUGCUCUAGACCGCACCGCACGCCAUCAAUCAGGCCCUCUUCUUUCUAGAGAACCGUCGGUAAAAACCCGACCGGCCCACAACAGUGCCAUCAGCUUUGGUGCGCUCUUCACCCACCCUGGUCACCCACAGUCUCUGAGAGAGCGAUUGCAGCGCGAGAGUUAUAUUAGUCAUUGUGGCCUGUCCAAUGCCGGCUUCUCGAGUGGCGGGCUCACUUCAGACUCGGACGAGGAUCCUUUCAAAUUUGACCGUGGAUCCUACACAAUUUUCCUCAAGCCCUCGAGGGAGAGAGAAGUCAGUGCCGCGUUACGCCGAGUGAGUGGUAUUAGCGCCGCCCACACCAAGGGAACAGUCUAUAGCCCACCAGCAACGCCGCCUCAUGCUGUGAGAGUCAACAAUCCUCUCUUCAACAAGCUCCAAUUCUACCAGGCUUCAGCUGUUGAACACGCUUGGGAGGGUGAGGAUACCCGCAAUCAGAUAAAAAUCAACGUCAACGUCAAACCACCGAACGUUGAUUCCGGUCCACAAGAACACCAUGACAUCGCGGGCCGAGAACCGAUCACAAACGGAUUGGGGAUUGAUCCUUUCCACCGAAUUGCUUUUGGGGGUGCAAGCGAUGGGGGUGACUGGGAAACAGUUGUCACGAGCACCGGGCAAUUUGAUAGCAAUCGUGCGUGUGCUUCAGGGACAGAUUUCAAUGAGAUGCUGCCCGCGAAGAUCACAGGGGGCAGCAUUGCCGACUAUUCGGACUGUAGCAGCUUUCCAGUUCAAUCCUUUGACGGGUUUGCGUCAACUGAUAGAAUUUUGCAGCACCCGAGUGGCGAUGCAAUUCCCAGUACCCGCCACCUUCGGACACUGAAAGAAACUGGUCGCCCGAUAUUCCUUCCCAAGCCUCGGAUCCACCGAGUCAACGGUUACCCUCAGGACUCGAACCGUCUCUUCACAGACCCGACGACGGGGACAACAAGUUCAUCAUCUGCCAGAGCAUUCAUCUCUGAGAAGUUUAUAGCACCUUUCCGCUCCCAAAACUCGAAAUUACGUGGCCAGAUCCGAAAUGUCUACAAUAAUCUCGACCAGCAAUCCAAAUUUAAGUCUCAAAACUCGUUCUUUUCUGAUUGCUCGGGAAAUGGUGGGGCAGCGAAGGAAGCUCGAGUCAAUGGUAGACGCCAGGACAAAGCAGCGCCUAUUGCAAAUUUCAAGGAGGCCAUGGCCCGCAAAGAUAAUCAGUCACAGGUUCUUUUCGACUUCCCAUUGAUCCCGCUGGCAGAGGCAGCGAGACUUCAAGCUAUCCGGCGGGAAAGCGGCGAGGAUGGGCAGACAUAUGCUAGUAGCACAAGAACGCGCAAGAAUUCCAGCAUCGUCUCGUCGCGGGUAACUCACAAGACGACUCCCCCAACGCCGUCAAUGGUUGCAAGGCCGCUGCCCACCCACUGUCGCCGCCCAACACCUUUCACCGCUCUAGAGAGUGCUACCCCUCACAGCAGCGUGAACUAUGGGAGAGGCGUGUCUUAUAUGUCUCCCUUGAGCAGUGGAAGCCCGCCCCCGCCCGGUAUAUCGAUGUUUCCCCAUUCUUGUAGAAACCCGUUCAGUUCUGUCCAUGGCUCCUUGCGAAGCAACUCGACCUUCCCAACUCCGCUGCUAUCGUCCGACACGCCACAUCUCCGAACAAAAGCCAGGCGAGACCGAGUUCGCCGUCUUGGCCAGGUUCCUGAUCUCCGCGACUUGGCCAACGCUGAAGCAGCGACCGCAUUUGGGAUUCUCAGCGAAGAUGCUUACCUCUCGUGGGAAGCAAGGAGACGACGUCAGCUUUACUAUUAUCUGAUGUGUGCUCUAUGCAUAUUUCCGUUCAUUGCUCCGCUGGUUUACAAGGGGACAUUCGACUCAGCUUUGCGCUGGUACACCAAAGGAGAGACAGAUACGCUGAACCGCAAACAGCGCCGCCGCGUCCUAGUCCUUGCAAGCGCUUUUUCGGCUAUUUGGUUGUGCACGAUCGCUGUUGUCGUUACUCUCCUUGUGAGCCGGAACAAGAGCAGCCGUGCCUAA